GGAAGAUCUGUAAAAUGUCGUUGGUAUUGAUGUUAUCCAAACAAAUAGAUAUACACUGUGAAACAAAUCACGGUACUAUUAUUAAGUGAUGAAUUGGGAAAAAAAAAAGAUCGAUAAAUACAAAUAAGAAAGAGAAAGUCGUGGUACUAUUACAAGAUAGGUACUACUACUUGCAGAUUUCCCUCCACUUUUUGGGGGGGAAAAAUUAAGAAAAGGAGCUGCCCAAAUUCCAAUUAGUUUCGCUUGGACGGAUAAUAUGAAUCACGAGUCGGCUCAGUCGCGCCUUUGCCGUCUCAUCGACCACUCUCUUCGUCCCUUCGGCGAAAUUGUCUCUGUUUCUUCAACUCCUGAAGUCGUAAAACAGCUCUUGAUUUCACUCUCCCAGGUUUAUAGACAAAUUAAACUGUGGACGCUUGAAUUUGACUCCGCUUCCGACGAUGGAACGGCUGAGCAACCUGCAGAUGGCGGCGGCGCUGCUGUUUGUUCUGAUUCACAUGCUGAUGACCAUCGGUGUAUGGCUAAGAUCGUUGGUCACUUGAUGUCUUUACUUAGUCUUGAGAAUCCACUUAUUCUGCACUUGACAGGCAACACCCUUGUGGCUAUUGCUGAGUUUGCUGCUGCAACUGAAUCAGGUUGGGCUGAAUACAUGCACUUAUUGUGUGGUUGGCUGAAAUUUGCCAUUCACAACACUAUGUUAGCUUCAGGGGGUCAUGAACUUUCCAGAGCCAAAGAUUUUGGUAUAGGUUCAUUUAUUCCUGGUUCGCUGAUGAAGCUGAGGAUGGGAGAUGGAAGCUAUUUGACUGUUGCUUCUAUUAUUCGAGUGUUUCGUAAUGUUCUAAAGAUUUUGAAGCUGAAUAUGGAUGAUAAACUUUUGAUAGGUUACCUCGAUUCAAUUACUGAUUUAUUUUCAAAAUUGCCUUGGGAUUCACUGAAUGAGGCGUAUGUUGUGUCAAACGGUGAGCCUCCAGCAGGCCCUGCUGGACAUGAUUUGUUAUGUAAAAAUGCUACCCAUCUGAAGUCAGUAGGUAUCUAUCAUGGGAAUGUUGUUCAACUGUUCUGUUCCUUGGUUGACAUAAGCGGCCUCUCUGAAGCUGGAGCUGGUUCCAACAUGCAUCCCAUUGUAUUUCAGAUCAGAAACCUAAUCCCUAAAAUUUUAGUUGGCUGCUUUGUCGGACGAGAACAUCUGGAUGACGUCCGUAUCUUUCAUUACUUGAGACACAAGAUCUUGAUGCUGAUGAUGAGGCUUACUUCCAUACUUCACCUGGAGCGUUCAGAUCUUAUGACAUGGUUGCAUCUUAUUGAGAAAUACUUUCAUGAUCUACUUUGUCAACCUUUGGAUAUGCAAGAGUCUAAUCUAAACGACUGUCUAGAAGGUUCCCCAUUCUGGUCUGAUGAUUAUGAUGCAGAAGGACAGAAAAUGUCAUCUAGCCAUUUGCAAAGACUAGCUGUUUUUCUUUUUCUUAGGUGUUCCUUCAUUUUGGUGAGGUUGAACGAGAAAGCUGACAAGCAAUUCAAAGUUGCAAAUUCAGACUCUUGCUUCACAUUUGACCUUUAUUCGAAUUCAAACUAUUCCAGUAGAAGUGAAGGUCCGCUGAUGCUCGAACAGUGGCUUCAGAGGCACCUUCCUUCUGAUACUUUUGUGGACCAUGAAAUGUAUUCACAAAGAUGCUCGAGCUUUGCGUUAGCCUUUCUAAAGUUAUACAUGCAUGAGGACGACAUCCUAUUCGAAAUGCUCUUGCAACUGUUUCACUUGCCGGAGAAAUGGUUUAAUAGAGGUGGUUCUUUGUUGACAGCAAAGAAUGACAUAUUUUGCCUUGCAUCAGAUCUAUUUCACCCCAUAAACUUUUUUCAUUUAUUUCUUGCAGAGAUAUUUUAUGAUCAUGAAGUGCUUCUUGACUACCUGAUUUCGAAGGAUACUGGAGCCAAAUGCGCAGAAUAUCUUCUGAGGUGCCUGCGAAUGGUGUGUAAUUCAUGGAACCUAUUUGCGGAGUUUUCAACAUGGGUGAAACCUCCAAAUUCAUCUUGUCGAAAGAGAAGAAGAGUUUUAGCAGAUGGUAUAGAUUUUGAAGGUAAUCGGUGCCAUGCAUCCUUGGAGGAUGAUUCAGUUCCCUCACCUAUGGAUACAGAGGGUAAACAUAGUGGCAAGCACGGAAGAACUAAGACCGUCUUGGUUGAGGAUGCCAAGGGCUGUCUGCUUUGCCUGAAAGCAUCUAUUGACAGCCUUUACCAGAAAAAUCUAUUUCCAUAUAAUCCACAAGUUCUUUUGCGACGUUUGUCAAGAUUUGAGGAGCUCAGCCUUCAGGAUAUCCAAGCACCUACUCCUUUUUAAUUUGAAGCGCUAAGACUGUUCCUGCUGUGCUCCUUUAUUGUGGCUUAGAUCAAAGUAACGGAGAGAUUGCUAUUUUUUGGCAUAACCAAUUAAACUGACUUUUAUUGCCAGAGAAGGAAGAAACAAUCUGAUCGUAUUAUCAGGUUCCAAAUUCAUGUUCUUUUUAGUCAUGGUCUUGCUUGAAUACAUAGGAGUAAGAAUUUUAAGAUGAGGGAUACUGAUCAAGUAAUGAAGCUGGUUGUCAUAUUGAUGCCCAACAUUCUGACCUGUAUUAGCUGCUUUUGCCAUGUCAUAUGAUAAAAUCCUCUGAAGACUGAAGAUUCUAGUUAGUUGGUCCAAGAUUACUGUAAUUCUGUGACUUUCUUCUAACUGCAGUGAUUAUAAAGGAGAGGAAAGCAGGUUUAUUCCUAAGAAACAAAGCAAUUUUUCUUGAUGGAAAAACGGAAAUUGCUGCUCUGUUCGGUGCCUCCAUGCCUGGUCUUAAUGUCUGCGUUUGCUCCAUCUAUCAAGAUCUGGCACAUAGUGGCUGCAUUUAUGAUGGAAAAUUGAGUAAAAGAAAAGAAAUUGCUGCUCAAGAAUCCUGUAGCCCUGCAAUGUGCAAACCAUUGAAGACUGGCCUCACCCAUUAAGGUUAUGCAUAGUUGCAGUGUAAUUCAUCGUCGAACUUUUGCCAAGUUGCUCAGCCAUUUCUAUGAACUGUUUUGCUCAAGUACAAGGUCCUCACCAAGGUGCCUUCAUCUUAUUUUUUGCAAUCAAGCCUGAGGUUGGUCUACUCCCACGUAUUAGUCAAGACUUGUUCCAUGGUUUGGAGCUCAGGAACCUGCAACUUAUAAGUGAACUGGUUCUCCAAAACUGCUCCGACUUCGAAGAAGGUCAGAUGCAUAGCUGGAAGACAGUUUGUAAUUGUUCUUGCCUGUAUCUUUCCACAUUAAGACCAGAUCUGCUAUUGCAUGCCUUUUAGUGAAACUUGAAGCGAUCUUUCCGAGGAAAAUGAACUCUAAUGAAAAUUAUGUUUGGUUUGGCACGUUUUACAUUAUGUAUCAGAUGCCGAGAUGGAUUGUUUCGAAGAAUCCGCCAGAUGGGUGAGAUGACGGUGAUUCCUACUUCUGAUCAUCCAUCCAGUUAAACCUUUUGUACUCUAGAAUAUUCUAGCUAUAGAAAGGGAAUUAGCGUUCAUGGUGUAUUUUAAAAAUCUUGCUACCACCUCUUUCUUUUCAUUCAUGAACUGUGCAAUGCCACACACUCCAGUUGAAAGCAACGUAAAUUAUUUGAUGAUUUGUCUGCUUCAAAGAAA